AAGGAAUACUCUGCUUGGUCUGCAGAGUUGUUUGAUGAUCAGAAUAUGACGGAGGAGAAAGGGGGUAUGAGUGGGGGUUAUCUAUAAGACAGGUCGCUCUGGUCAGAUCAGAGUUCAGUCUGCAGUCGGCCUUUGGUGUGGACUAAUCUGUAAGAAUGCGAUUUUCGUUAUUAUCUGUGAUUUGCCUGAUAGGCCUUCAUACGGCCUACUCGGCACGUGUUGUUUGCUACUGGGAUGGAAGGUCUUUCCACCGCGAAGGUGUAGCGAAAAUAACAGUGGAAGAGAUCAAGCCGGCGCUGACCUACUGCACGCAUCUGAUCUACGGUUUCGCGGCAAUCGACGACGAUGACUACCACAUCGAGCCAAUCGACAAGAAGCUGGACACUGACAAGGACAAUGGCCACAACCAGUACAAGCAGGUCACCGACCUCAAGAGGUCACACCCCGGACUCACGGUGCUGCUCUCUGUCGGAGGAAACGCCGACACUGAGGAUCCCGAGAAGUACCUUACUCUGCUGGAGUCCAAAGACCACCAAACCAAGUUCAUUAACUCAGUGAAAACAUUCUUGACGAAGCAUGGAUUUGACGGAAUUGAUAUUGCAUGGCAAUUCCCAGUUGUCAAGGAGAAGAAGGACAGGGGUAUUAUUGGUGGAUUCUUCCACAAGGUGAAGAAAACGUUUGGAUCGGGAGUGGAUGACAAGGCUGAAGAACACAAGGACCAGUUUGUGACACUCCUGAGAGACAUGAAGAGUGUUCUGCGCACUGAUAACAAGAUCAUGACUCUUGGAGUUCUGCCUCAUGUCAACAGCACAGUGUACUACGAUGUGAAGGACAUCCUGCCAUACUUGGAGUUCAUCAAUCUAUGGACAGUGGACUUCCGCACUCCGAAGCGUACAUCUGACCAAGCCGACUACGCUGCGCCCCUCUACUACCAGUACGACCGCAAACCUCACCAGAACAUUGACAGCACUGUGCGCUGGUGGAAGGAGCAGGGAGCAGAACCACACAAGCUGAUAGUGGGUCUGCCAACAUACGGUCGCACGUGGAAGACGACGCUGGACAGCGCCAUUUCGGGCGUGCCGCCUCUGGUGGCCGACGGGCCAGGUCCGGCCGGCACACACACCAAGACCGAGGGCCUGCUCGCCUACUACGAGAUCUGUCCGCGCAUUGUGAGUCCGACCAACGCCAAGGCACCGCGAGACACUCUGCGUCGCGUCACCGACCCCAGCAAGCGACUCGGCACUUACGGCUACCACAUGCCCAACAAGCAGAAGAACGAGGAGGAGGGCAUCUGGGUGUCCUUCGAGGAGCCGGAGACCGCCGCGCAGAAGGCACAGUACGUCAAGCAGAACGGAUACGGCGGGGUGGCCCUCAUCGAACUCUCACUCGACGACCCUCGUGGCAUGUGCGACGGCACCAAGUACCCCAUCCUCAAGCAAGCCAAAGUCAGUCUCUAAUCCACGCAUUCAUUGAUUACAGAGGCUAUAUAGAUUACUAUAUUAUGCUAUAUAAACUGACUUAGUCACUGCAUCAUUGAUGAUAUGCUAUUGCUCUCAUUGACCAUGUCGCUCUAAAUCAAUAUCAACCCAUAUAUGUUUCUAUAUCGUAAUAUUCUCAUAGUUCAUGACCAGUCACUCAUUUAUUGAUUCAAAUUAUGCUGCAUCCACAUGUUAUCCCAAUGACGACCAGCGCCAGUGUGUGGAUGGGUGAUUUGACAACGCUGGCCUUGAUUGGACACUGGUCACAUUUCAGGCUGGACCAGCUUACUGCGCCAACAUGUCAACUAAGCAUUAGAUAUCGCUAUUAAAAUUGAUACACUAUACUCUCAUUGAUUACUCAUAUCCUUGCUAUAAAUUUUAAAGAUGCCAUGAUUUCAUUGUAAGUCUAGUUUUAUCAUGUUUUUAAUAAAUAUUGAUAAUUUCAUGA